AUGCGAUAUCUACAAUUCCGACGGACACUUUACAGUUUAACUGGCAAAUGGCCAAAAAGUUCAGUUAUAGAACGAACAAAAGAAAUUGAACAACAUUGGAUACCAAAAUUAUUAGAUGAACAUGAGAAAUACCAAAUAGACUCAAAUAAUGAUAAAAAACAGAAAAUGUAUGUUCUACCAAUGUUUCCCUACCCAUCUGGUCGUUUACAUAUGGGUCAUGUUCGUGUAUAUACUUUAAGUGAUACAUUAGCACGUUAUUAUCGAUUACGAGGUUACCGAGUUAUUCAUUGUAUGGGUUGGGAUGCAUUUGGUUUACCCGCUGAAAAUGCUGCUUUUGAACGAUCUGAAGAACCGCAUCAGUGGACACAAAAAAAUAUUGCCUAUAUGAAAGAACAAAUAAAACAACUUGGCUGUAGUUUUGAUUGGAAACGAGAAUUAGCAACAUGUGAUCCAAAUUAUUAUAGAUGGACGCAAUAUAUAUUUCUUAUGUUAUAUCGUGAAGGAUUAGUUUAUCAGAAGAAGGCAGCUGUUAAUUGGGAUCCUAUUGAUCAAACAGUUUUAGCUGAUGAACAAAUAGAUGAAGCUGGUCGUUCAUGGCGAUCUGGUGCAGUUGUUGAAAAGAAAUUUCUAAAACAAUGUAAAAUAAAUGCGACAAAUGAAACAAAUUAUUCAACGAAAACACCCUAUAAUCCACCAUUAUGUGAAUUAGUUUCACCACCAUCAGAAUUUGAAUUAGUAUGUACGCAAUUGGUCGCUCGACAUGGAUGUCGAACAUUAGAAGGUCGAAAAUAUGAUAAACUAACAAUGGCAUUAUGGACGCUAGCAAAAAACGAAGAGGCAUUAACAGAAUAUGGUAAACAAUUUGGUAAUGAUCUUCAGUAUUUUAUUGAUGUCAAUGAUAAAUUAGGGCGUGGUGAAUUAUCUGGGCUUGGUAAACUUGAACAUCAAGCUCUUGCACAUCGUUUAACACAACGUAUUGCACCAUUAUUUAUGAAGAAUCUGUUUGGUAAUUCUUCCAAUUCUAUUCAAGUCGUUAGUAGCGGCAAAUCUCGUACAGAAGCAAGUCUAAAAGCAUUUGUUGAAGGUUUACCAACAUAUGUAGCUUCUUCAAUUGAAUACGAACCAUCAAAUCCAAAUCUACUCUAUUUUCAUGUAAAUAGAAAAUAUCAUGCAUAUUCUAAAAAAGAUAAACGCUUAAAAAAUAAAUUACGUUCUAUCGAAAUGCAAGACUAUUCAAAAGAAAUGGCAUAUAAUGUACUUGCACGAUUAUAUAAGAAAUCAUUUAUUAAUAAUCUUAUAAAUAGAGAUUAUGUGAUUACUGAUCCUGAAUCUGGAAAAUCAAUUAAAAAUGAAGUCGAUGCUGUCCGUGCGCUUCAUAGUCUUUAUUUAAUUGGUCCAAAUUUACGUGAAGAAGGUGUUGGAUCUUUAUUAGAAAAAUAUUUUCCUAAAAAUGAAUCAAGUUGGUUUGCUUAUCUUCAAGAUGCAAAAGAAUAUUAUGAAAAAGGUCCCGGAUUUCUUGGUCGAACAAUAACAUAUGAUAUGGCACAAAUAUUACUCGAUGAUUUUUUUCUUAAUUCUGAAAAAUGUUCAAAACUAGAUCCAACACAUUUUCUUCGAGCACGUUUUAGUCAUGCUGAAACAAUUAUUCCGUUUGCAGCUCUACUAAAACUACCUAACAAAAGCGAUCAACAAACAGCAAUCAAUGAAAUAUAUACGUAUGAAAAUAAUCCCUGGCGUGGUGCAGAAAUUUCACCCAUGACAGCUAAUAUUCAAUGGGAUAUAUAUCGACAUCGUAAUUAUAGUAAAAGUCGUGAUGUUGAACAUCAAGAAAUUCUUAUUCGAAUGUUAUUAAAUGAAUGUCCUAUUCAAUUCAAAUAUGAAUGUAGACCAUAUAGUUUAGAACAUAAGUUCUUUUAUACACUUGAUGAAUUAAAACAAUGCUAUAGUACAGUUGACCCUUAA